AUGAUCACAAGAGAUAUGAGUAGAGGAUGGUGUUUACCUUACAAUCGUUUUUAUCAAGAUAAUUUAGUUGCAGAUCAAUACGAUCUUUCAGUUGGUUUUGAUUUAGCUACACAUCGUGGCUAUGAUUCUGAUAAUGAACGUUUUAGUGCUGAUACUGGAAUGUCUUCAAUGACAAUGAAUGGAGAUCUUGUACCUGUUCUUGUUAUGCAUGCUGCAUUUUCUGAAUGGACAUGA